AUGAAGCAUUGUGUUGUUCUUCAAGAUUUAGUGUAUAGAAAAGGUAAAAGAGCUCCUCAACAAGCUGAUUCAUUGUCUGCCAUCACAAGAGAAAGAAUUCCAUACUAUGAAUUGAUCCAAGCAACUGAUGCGCUUAGCGAGAGUAAUCUGAUUGGUUCUGGAAGUUUUGGCUCUGUUUACAAAGCUGUUCUCAAAAGUGGAACUGCCAUUGCAGUUAAAGUGUUCAACCUGCAACUAGAUGCGGCAUUCAAGAGUUUUGAUACGGAAUGUGAAGUUUUGUGCACACUUCGCCAUAGGAAUCUCGUUAAAGUCAUUAUUAGUUGUUCCAAUCUUGAUUUCAAGGCUUUAGUGCUCGAGUGUAUGCCUAAUGGAAGUCUUGAGAAGUAUUUGUAUUCGCACAACUACUUCCUUGACACCAAGCAGAGACUAUCGCACAACUACUUCCUUGACACCAAGCAGAGACUAAGCAUAAUGAUAGAUGUGGCAUGUGCUUUGGAAUAUCUUCACCAUGGGUGCUUGUUGCCUGUUAUUCACUGUGACGUGAAGCCUAGUAAUGUCUUGCUGGAUGAAGAUAUGGUUGCCCAUCUCAGCGACUUUGGCAUUUCAAAACUGCUUGGUGAAGAUAAGGGUGAUUUGUACACUAAAACCUUAGCAACAUUGGGGUAUAUUGCACCAGAGUACGGACUGGAUGGACUAGUAUCAACAAAGUGUGACGUCUAUAGUUAUGGGGUCAUGUUGCUGGAAACAUUUACCAGGAGAAAGCCUAAUGAAUUUGAUGGAGAUUUUAGCUUGAAGCAAUGGGUGAGUUAUUCACUCCCAGAAGCAGUAAUGGACAUUGUAGAUGUCAACUUGGUAACACCACAGGGUAAUCAGAAGGAGAUAGAUGUUGUGGCUUCAAUCAUGAAAGUUGCAUUAGAUUGUUGUGCUGAAUCUCCGGCAAGAAGGACAAACAUGAAAUAUGUUGUAGGGAUGCUGCAGAAGAUCAAGAUUCAACUCCUUGCAUGUUGA